AUGUCAUUACCCAACCCCGCCGGAUCUCGUCCGGCCCGUCCUGUCCUGCGCCAGAGCUUCUCGAGCAGCUCUUUCAUCCAUGACCACCAGCAAUACAAACCCCCUGCUCCCGCCCCCGCUAUCGUUACCCAAACCAUAGGAAACGUGCUCGGCAACCUUAAUGAGUCUCCGCCAUCGGCCAUUUCCCGAAAUGCAAAUCCCAUCAGUCCCGAUCCUAAGAGGGUGACCGAGAGUGGCAUCAUCCACAGCAUCUUCCAUCACCAGGAAGGUCUUCUCCCUCAGGGUACCCCAAAGCUGGUCGCAACAUUAUUUUACAAGUCUUCCGAGCCAGUCCAUCCCCACGUUCAUCCCGAUUCCUCCCCCAACGCUCGACCCGGGGAUAAGCUUCCACACCCCACGGUUCCUGUCGGUUCGGCUCCGACCCUUGAUAUUGAGAAGAUCCCGCGCGAACCACCGGCACCGGAGCCCGAGCCACUUGAUCACCUAUACGGCCCGUAUGUGUCUCAGCUGUGCCUGACAAACUUUCUUCAAAUCAUCGAAUCUCUUCCUACCCCGUACCAUCGCAUGAACACCUCCCACCGCUGUCUCGACCAACAUGAUCAGCCUCGCGUCGUGGAGGUUACGUUCUCCCCACCACCAAACCCAGAUUAUCUCACAUUUGCGGAUCUGCGGAAGCACGAAAGCAUCUGGCGUUUUGAAAGGGAAUGGAACGUGGAAGUUGUGCUGCAAAAGGAGAGUGUUUUCCGCCAACAUAAGCGAUUAGUUGUCUUCGACAUGGACAGCACUUUGAUUCAGAACGAAGUGAUUGAUGAGAUUGCCAAAUUUAUUGGAGUUGAGAAGGAAGUUUCUGAAAUUACCGAACGUGCGAUGAAUGGCGAGCUUGACUUUUCCGCAUCGCUCAAGGAGCGAGUUAGCCUCCUGAAGGGAGUCCCCGCGGAUGUAUUUGAAAAGCUGAAAUCCGUCAUCACUAUCGCUCCUGGCGCCAGGGAACUGUGCAAAGGACUCAAGAAGCUUGGCUGCAAGCUCGCAGUCCUCAGUGGUGGGUUCCAGCCACUUGCGGAGUGGCUGGCUGGUGAGCUAGGUAUCGACUACGCCCAUGCAAACCAUCUCGAGAUUGAUCCCACAUCGCAGACCUUGACGGGCAAACUUGUCCCAACCUAUCCAAUCAUUGAUGCGAACCAAAAACGUUCUCUGCUCCACUCCAUCGCAGCGGAGAACGGAGUUGACAUUGUGCAAACCGUAGCCGUGGGCGAUGGCGCGAAUGACUUGCUCAUGCUUCAUGCUGCUGGGCUUGGUGUUGCAUUUAAGGCCAAGAGCAAGGUUCAGCUCGAGGCACCCACUCGCCUCAACAGCGAAAGCCUCCUGGACAUUCUCUACCUUUUUGGAUUGGGCAAUGAUGAAAUCCAGGAGCUCAUCGCCUAG